GUUUCUGAACGUGAUCACGAAACUGGACGAAAUCCCAAACCGUUAUCUCGCGGUUCUUAGCUAUCGACAUCGUUUCGUAAAACAAAUAGUCUUCAUCAUCGCUUCGUUGCUACAAAAUAUACUAAAGAAAUGAAAGGAAUUACAUCUUCGGUUAUUUUUUUAUUAAUUUUUUUAAAUUCAUUUUCAAACGCUUCAAAAAUUUUGUGUAUAUUUCCUGGUGUUGCCCAUAGUCAUUACACACUUGGUUAUGCUAUAUCAAAAGAAUUAGCGAAAAAAGGCCACGAAGUUACUUAUGUGAGUCCAUUUCCUGAAAAAAAUAAAGUUGAAAACUUAAAAAGUGUUGUUCUAACUGGAUUUCUUGAAUUAGCGACAGAUAUGAUGAAAUCAGUAAAUUUGUUCGAUAUGGCUGGAAUCUCACCAUUAAUAGGAAUUGUAAGUUUAGGAAACAUGGGACUUAUGUUAUCAGAAGAAACCUUAAAAAACGAAGCACUACAAACCAUCUUAAAAUCAAACGAAAAAUUCGAUCUAGUAAUAUCAGAAAGCUUUUUCCUCGAUUCUUUUCACGCAAUCGCAAAUCAUUACAACGCUCCCUCCGUUUUAAUAUCAACAAUUGGUUCAUCAAUUUGGACAAAUCAUUUAGUUGGAAUACCUGAUAUUCCAUCCUUCAUGCCAAAUAUCUAUCUUGGUAUCGAGAAUCCCCAACAAACGUUUUGUCAAAGAAUUCAAACACUCCUUUUAAACAUUGUCCAAAAACUGUUUGAUCACAUUUAUUUCUAUCCGAAACAAAAUCAAUUAAUAAAAAAAUUCUUCCCGAAUUCACCGGACGUUUUCGAUUUAAUUUACAACACAUCGUUGAUUCUAACUAAUUCUCACAUCAGCUUUACAAAACCGCAAUUAAAUUCACCGAAUAUGAUCGAAAUUGGCGGUUAUCAUGUCGAUGAACCGAAAAAACUACCUCAAGAUUUGGAAAAAAUUUUAAAUGAUGCUAAACAUGGUGUUAUUUAUUUUAGUAUGGGUUCAAAUUUGAAAGGGAACAAGCUUUAUCCGGAAAUUCGUGAGAAAUUAUUAAAAGUGUUUGGAAAGAUGAAACAAACCGUCCUUUGGAAAUUUGAAGAUGACAAUCUUCCAGGGAAACCUGAAAAUGUUAUCAUUAAAAAGUGGUUCCCCCAAAACGAUAUUUUAGCUCAUCGCAAUAUUAAACUUUUUAUCACUCAUGGUGGGCUGUUGAGCACCAUUGAAAGUAUUUAUCAUGGUAUUCCAAUGGUUGCAAUCCCAGUAUUUGGAGAUCAAAUGAUGAAUGCUGCGUACGCGGCUUCUGAAGGAUAUGCAAUUAAUAUUCCUUUUCAAAAAUUAAAUGAAGAAAGCUUUUUUAAUGGAAUUAAUCAAGUUUUAAAUAAUGAAAAGUACCGAAAAAACGUUCAAAUCAAAUCAAAAAUUUUCCAUGAUCAACAAGUUAAACCCAUCGAUAAAGCAACAUAUUGGAUUGAGUAUGUUAUACGACACAAUGGGGCAAAACACUUAAGAUUACCAUCGGUUAAUUUACCCAAUUAUCAAUUUUAUAUGGUUGAUAUCUUGGCGGUUAUGACGGUUUUAAUUGGAGUUUCCUUUGUGUUGUUUUGUGUAAGUGCAAGAUGGAUUAUUAGAAGAUGUAAUCGGCGCCCUACAUUAGUAGGAAAUAAAAUUAAGAAAAACUAAAUGUUUUUAACUGUAUUAAAAAGUAUUAUUUUUAUUGGACAAUAAAACACAUUUGGCUUGA